AUGACCUAUCAAUACUUAUCAUCUCCUAUGGGGCCGGAUCUACAAGUGACAAUUCUCUGGCACCUGCCACUCUCCGCGCCGGUAGUGGAUCUCUUCUCCGUGGAGGCACCAUCUCCAUCCCUAUUGAAUAACAAGGUAAGCAACAAAGAGAAGGACGAUUACCCAGUUCCAACCACAGCCGAUCGAUUCUUGCCUGUGGAAUUACAUCGUGACGCUCAGUGUGUGGAGCAGUCGUACAGACUACGACGCAUAGCCUUCACUACAUACGCACUUUCCCUCAAUCAGUCCUACGCACUACCACAUUACCCGACCCAGUCGGUGUUGUGGGAAGAGAAGCUCGGGCAAGCUAAUAAAUUUGUAUCGGCAUUGUACGUGGGCGAGGCGGAGUCGCCACCGCUCUACGUCGUUCACACAUUAGCCGAGGCGUCUCUGAAGCCGCGCCACGUGCACCGAGUGGCAGAGCACCUGCGAUUGGCCUACGAGAGCAGUCAGACCAAGGUUGCCGUCUUUGACCUCAGUCGACUGGUGAUGUCGAAAGCGGGAGACGAGGCAUUUUGGCCAAAAAGCCUCAUCGGACUCUACUACCUCUCUCCCGACUCGCCACAGAUUAACCCAAUCUGGUCGCCACCGUCGUCUUCGUUCCACCACCUCUAUCAACUGACCGACCAGUCGCAC